UCCGCUCGUAGGGUAUCCCCAACCGGAAACGACCGAUGUAACCCGAUUACAAUCUUUAAAAAAACUGCAGUUUAGGGCUUUUUGCAUUCAUUGUGCCUUGUUUAUCAGUAUCUUCUGCCAAUUUGUUCGACGACAGAUGCCAGAUGCAAAGGAAAAUCAAGCCAUUUAAGUGACAUCUCGAUUAAAACUCGUGGUGACAAUCGGUGUGACGUCAUACGGGUGAGCAUCAACAAAAGUUGGGAUCAAGUACAAGGACACCCUGGUCUCGUUAUUGAGCCGCUGCAAAUUAUCCGCAGACAUUACGGUUUGCCAGUGGUAUGGAGCACACUCACCAAUGAAUGUGCAAUUAUUCUGACACGGAACGAGGGGCAUAGGCCCCAUAAACAUUUCUUAAUCGUGUAAUGUCUUGUGGCAGUGGGGGACCGCCAUCUUGGACAGCAGCAGGUUCUCACAGCAGUCAAUCUCCACAUUUAGUGCGCCACUCUGCUUCCAGGGAAGGUGUUAUGGAAAACAUCCAUGUGGAUCGCCGAAAGCAAGAAUUACUAGAAGCACGUUUACUUGGAGGCCGGUUCCAGCCUUUGGUGAUGCCUCAACCUGCUGCAGAACAACAACAGGAAAAUAGCAAUGUCAGCAGUAGUGGUUCAGUGGACAAGGAGGUUGGGGAGGGUCAAAUGGCAACACCAGAUAAAGGGAAAGCAGCAGGUGAUAAGAAAAGGAAAAGGAAAGCUCCCGUGGUAGAAAAUCCUGUUGCUGCCAAAAGAGCAGAGACUAAUGGAAAAAAGAUUAACGAGUAUUUCAAGCAAAACCAGUCUCCAAGUAGGACAGGUCAGCCACAGAAUGCAAGUGGAGCGAAGUCCCCUUCACCACAAGCUUUUGGUAAUAUUGUUCCCCACUCUCCAAGCAAUUCUUCCAACUCUGUUGCCGACAUAUUCAGCUUGCCUAAUCGAACAUCUUUGACUCUCAGUAUUGGUAUAAAUGCCUGCUCAAAAUGUGUUCAAACGGAUUUUUCCAUGGCCCACCUCCAGGCAAUGGAGAGCCAGUCUAUGUCAGAUAUGGAACAGAAAGACACAAGAAUAGAUGAGUUAAUUCGGCAAAAUGAUGAAUUGAAACGCCAAUGUACAGCACAGAAUAAACUUUUGGAAAAACAUAAAGAAAAUCUUCAGAAAUGUUUGGAAGUGAACAAGAGUCUUCUCAUUGAAAAGAGUACGUUGGAAAAGAAGACGACGAGACAGAAAUGCAUGGAAAAUAGAUUACGGCUCGGGCAGUUCGUGACGCAAAGGCAGGGUGCUCAGUUUGUGGAAAACUGGGUGGAUGGGUGGGCUUUUCAAGAUCUUAUGAAGCAGCAAGAAAGGAUCACGGCAGAUAAAGAUGACAUAGACAAACAGAGGCGACUUCUUAUAAAAAGGAAGCCUCCAACUGCCCUUGGGAAAAAUGCAAAACAUGACAACUUUCUCAAGCCUGGGGAAAAAUAUUUAACCCUGGCAGAGUUCUAUGAACAGGAUGAAAUCCUUAAGCUUCGAGCAGCUGCCUUGAAGAAAGAAGAUGCUGAUUUGCAACUGGAAAUGGAGAAACUGGAGAGAGAAAGAAAUCUACAUAUACGUGAACUCAAGCGAAUUCACAAUGAAGAUAACUCGAGGUUCAAAGAUCAUCCAAUUUUGAAUGAACGGUAUCUUCUUCUUUGUUUGCUUGGAAAGGGAGGUUUCAGUGAAGUUCACAAGGGAUUUGAUCUGAAGGAGCAAAGAUAUGUUGCUUGUAAGAUCCACCAACUCAACAGAGAGUGGAAAGAGGAUAAAAAAGCAAAUUACAUAAAACAUGCCCUUCGGGAGUACAACAUUCACAAGACAUUGGACCACCCUCGAAUAGUCAAACUGUUUGAUGUGUUUGAAAUAGAUAACAAUUCGUUCUGUACUGUGUUAGAAUACCAGAAAGGCAAUGACCUUGAUUUUUACCUAAAGCAAAACAAGAGCAUUCCAGAAAAGGAAGCGCGCUCCAUCAUUAGUCAGACGGUCAGCGCCCUUCGCUAUCUCAAUGAGAUAAAACCACCUGUGAUACAUUACGACCUCAAGCCUGGAAACAUUCUUCUGGGCAGUGGGUCAGUGAGCGGAGAAAUUAAGAUUACAGACUUUGGUCUCAGCAAAGUGAUGGAUGAGACCAAUUUCCAGCCUGAGAUCGGAAUGGAUCUCACGUCGCAGGGCGCGGGAACCUAUUGGUAUUUACCACCAGAGUGUUUUGUUGUGGGCAAAACUCCGCCAAAGAUUUCUUCCAAAGUUGAUGUGUGGUCCGUGGGUGUGAUUUUUUAUCAGUGUCUGUAUGGCAAGAAGCCUUUUGGGCAUAACCUGUCUCAGGCCGCCAUCUUAGAAGAGAACACAAUACUUAAGGCAACAGAAGUGGAUUUUGCCUCAAAACCCCCAGUAACUCAGGAGGCCAAGAAUUUCAUCCGAAGGUGUUUGCAGUACAAGAAAGAGUUGCGACCAGAUGUGAUGCAGCUGGCAGCGGACGACUACUUGAAGCCGGCACAGUUGAAAUCUAAAGCAACUGCUGCAGGGUAUAUGGAUAUUGCCUGAAUGUGAAAUCUUCAUACACGCGACUUGAUGUGGCCACACCAGUGUCGGGGUCAGGAAUGCGAAAGAUGCGAGCUGUAGAGAGCUAGUUUGGGUACUGCUUGGUUUGUUUGCCAGAGGUAGAAAGAUUUACAUUGUGUAGGGACUCUUUUUUUUAUAUAAAGUUGCUAGUUAGGUCAUUGUUUAUAUUCUUGUAUACUUUUUUUAGGACCCUUACCUGAUUUCAUUUCUUUCAUUUAAUGUAUUCUGUUCAGUUUUGGUUUCUCUCCCUCCCCCCCCUUUUUUUCCCCCUAGAACCAGUGUUUAUUUUUAUAUUUAAGCUUUUAGUUGUAUGGAAGUUGAUUGCAUAGCAUGAUGACUUGAUGUAAAAUGCUGAAGGAUGAAAAGAGUGGGGAUAGAAAAGAUAUUAGACUGGGUCUGCGUAAAGCUUUUCCUGAUGAUUUAUAUGUCUAACCCGAACUGGGAAAGAGGCUUUUUGUCUCCCCCGUGUUAACUGUCUUUUGCGAGCUGUGCCAAAUAUUAGAUUUAGCAUGACUAGUGGGGUUUUUAAAAACGUCUGAACCUUGCAUUUCUCCUUUUUUCGCAUGUUCUGUGUGGGUUUGUUUUUUUAAGCACUAAGUGAAUAUUGGGUUGGCAAUAGGCCAGUUUGAAAAGUUUGAAUGUGCUUCUCUGAUAUUACACACUGAACAUCCUGCUGCAGUGGUUAGAGCUAGUGAGAGAGCUUUACAAAUGAAAUUCACUCAAAUUAUCAGUUGGUUUUACUCAGUAAAGGCUGCUCUAUGUGGCAGUUUUCAUGCUCACUCACUGCAGACUUCAUCUCAGCUCAACAGUAGCUGAAACUGUUUCUUUAUCAAAUGUACACUUUCUUUUUAUUUGGCUUAUUUCCUUGUUUUUUUAGGAAUACUUGUUGUCUUGAUCAAAAGGAGCUUUGUUGAGUGAUAUGUUGGAGGAUGUCGGCUUUUUAAAAGACUCUUCUUCUUGUUUCAAAUAUUCAUACUUUUACUUUUUGACCUUCACGCUGCUUUAGAGAGGAGGUGAUGUUUGUGGCUGAGGGCAUAAAGUUGUAGGUACCCUGGACUGUAGGACCUUGUUGGAAACUUUUUCUUAGCAGACACAGUUAUGCCUCGUACAAUAUGUUGUCAUGGUCUUAACUCAGUUGCCCAAGUAAUUUUUUUCAGUUUUUCUAUUGUCGGUCUAAUGGUGAAAAUGCCUCUUAUUUGUUUUAUAUAUUCAGUGCAGCCAGGUCUUGUUUCAUGUAACAUACUAAUAAUCCAAUUGUUGCCACAUUUUCAUUUUUGCUAAAAUCAUUGACUUUGGUUAACACUUUUUAAAUUUUCAAAACACCAAGAAAUUGACUGACUAGAGUAAUAGUGUUGUGACCACGACAGUUCAUUGCUGUAGGGAAUAGGGUAUUGUGAAAGAGAGUCGAUAUCGUUUUGGUAUUCAAAGAUUCAAAGACCAAAGCCUGUGGAGUUCCUGUGCCUUUCUUCAUGGGUAAGCACAGGGCAGAUGACCCAAUGAAAUGGAAACGGAGUUUCACCGGUCAUGCGUACUCACAAAUCAGCAGAUUUGGGCUUUCAUCUCGUGUUCUUAGAUCUUUGUUAUAUAUUCCUUUUUCAUCAGUUCAACAUCAUGGUCUUUCUCCUCCUGGAAAUACAGUUGAACCAGCCAUUGUUGGGGAGAAAACUGGUCAUUUAAGACAGGUGGUCCUGUUGGACAGUGUCAUUACAAUAUAGAAAAGACAAACACAAGAGGGAAAGUGUUCUUUUAGACAGGUGCUUGUCAGAGCAGGUUCGACUGUACAACCACACACAUGACUAGAACAGUUUUGAUGGUAAUAAUAGUAGUAAUCAGUAAUAGUUAUGUGGUAGUUUGUAAAUUAUGAAGUCCUGUUUGUUGAUGAAUCAGUUUCUUUUUGCAGACUUAAGAUAUUGAACUCCAUCUGAAAUUAACCACACCCUUUACAUGCUUUUAUUGUAAAAACAGGUCAUACUAAAUUUACAGUAAGUUGCAUGAUGUGGUGGGACCUGUCAAAAUGAGGUUUUCAUUAUUGAAAUGUACUUCCCAAAUUCAAUCGAAUGUCCACGAUACAAAAUUUUAUUGGUGUGGGCAUAUUCAAAGGGGAGAAAUUGUAUAUGCUGUUAAUGGGGUUGUAAAAAUGUUAAGGCAAAAAUAUUGCUUUCAGGACAAUAUUUCAUGGCUGUUCUCAGUUAUUUGGCCUUAUUUAGACUGUCCACCAGAGGGUAAACAGUUUUGGUAGUUUUCCAAGUUCUAUGCAAUUUGGGAUGUCUUUGAUAAGGGUGAAUUCAUUUGUGCACUGUGAGCAUCUUUGUUCAUUCUUAUUUCUGCUUUGAAUUACGACUGAACUCCUACGACAAAUUCUGUUUCUUACUUUCAUAAAUGUGAAAAAUGUUAUACAUAUUAUUAGUUUGUGUUAAUAGAGACUAUUGAAAUGUCCAUACAGAAUAUUAAUGAAAAAGCAGAUUUCUGUCUUGUCUAGUUCCUUGACUCGUUUGGAAUUGAUGUUUUAGAAUCAUCUGGGCAGAGGGGACAGAUGUGUAGUGAUACUCUGACCUUUGAAGGUGCAGUUUUUGUCAUAUCUCUUACCUGUUUUCCACUUCAAUGCACUUGUACAUUAGCAUUUUGUUACUAUCACUGUGAAUAUGUAUAAAUUACGUAAGCCAACAUCACACAUGAGUGUAAGGCUGCGGUUAGUCUUUUUAUUUUCUUCUUCUGCAUGCAUGUCUAGUGAAGAAAUGUAGUUAUCUUAUUUUGCCCUUUUUUGUCCCAUUGACUCUUCAUCCCUCUUUCUUUGACCCAAGUUUGUUCAAACUUCAAAAUAUUUUGUACUUUCAUAGUUGUCCAGUUUAUUUGCAUCUCAUCUCAUAUUGGCUCGAGGAAUAUGGGACAUUAGAUUCGCAUUGUAGUCAAUUGCAAUCGUUUAAAUUGGCAGUGCUUGGUACAGUGCAUGCAGAUGUGCUCUUGCCCUGAAAACGUAUUUGAUCCCCCACCUCUGUUGGUUCUGAAAAUUUUGGCCUGCUUUAUCGCUUUUUAAAAAUAUAUCCCAAAGUUAGUUAGAACUCGUUUGUCACUUUGGCAUCCCUUCUCACCAUUUUAGUACUUGCCCAUGAGGUGGUGGAUGGAUAGGUUCCCAGCUUGUUUGGGAAGGCUGCUGUGUCUCAGAGUGCAUAAGCAAGGACAGAUGGCUCAAAGUUGUCAGUUCUAGUCUUAGGUUGUGUGUUGACAACCAGUGACACUGACACCAAAGUGCCAGUUGUUUCAGAUUUUCUCUUGUGCCUGGCAUCUGUCUUGCAAUGGUUAGACUCUUUGCCCUGCUUUCAAAGAACGCGAGUUUGAUUCCCACAAGAAGGUAUUUUGACAAGUGUCUUUCUGCAUAGAUGUAUUACACCUAGGGUUGACCGUCAAAGGCAAAAUGGAAGCAGCCUGCCUCCUUAUGUUUUUGUGUAUAUAUGGGGUUGUGAAACAUUUACAAGACGGUUCCACUGGGAAAUAUGUCUCAACUGUUUUUGGUGUUUAUUACCUGAUAGUACAGCUGACAGGUCUAACUGAUAUGGAAAUGUCAAUCCUUUCUCGCAAUGAUGAGUGAAGCUUGGCUCAAAUGAAAAUUACAAUUUGGACAGUUUUAACAAAAUUUUCCACUAAUUUAUUCGUAGAAGUCAUCUUAAUGCUAAAUUGAAAUGGAAAAAAUAUAAAAUUUAAGCUCUCAUUUUGCAUGGGGCUUUUCUGUUGCUCAUUGGUAUUUUGUUGUUUUUGGCUGUGGCCCCAAUGGUACAUUGUUGCAGAUAUUGUUAUGUAUAGAAACAUUACUGGUAAUGGAACAUCUUUCACCUACCAUAAUUAACCAUUGCUGGGAUAAAAGGGGAUAAAAAAGAAAUCUUAACAAUUGACACGGUGCCGGAAGUAUUCUCUAUGGGAUGUAAGUAAUUAGUUCUCUAAAUCUUUUGUAUUACUUUUCUUGCCAAAUGAAUCAAGUCUGUGUGUUGUCCAAGUGGCGUUAGAAACCUUUUUCCCCUGGUCUUGCAUGGCCCAAGUUGUGCAGGUGAUGUGCACUGUAGGGCAAUACAGUGUCCCCCACCCCCCCCUCCUUUAUUUUGUGAGUUUUUUGUUUGUUAAAUCAAAGCAUCCCGAAAAGUGGAGCCUGAAAAAACGGGUGUAUCAUCGUGAGCUCAUUCAUUUUGUCUGACAAACUUAUUUAUUUAUCUCUGUCUGACAACACUAGUAGAACCUAUAAUGUGAAAUGAAUGUUGUCAAAUUUGUAAGUCAGUUUAGUCAGUUUGCUGAAAAGGGAAGGACCCACUCUGUAGCUGAUUGAAAGUGUCAAGAGGGUACUUCCUUUUUCCUGACCUUGUCAAACUUGGAAACUCUCCGAGUUAUGAGGUCUGUGCUCGCUCUCCCCCCCCCCCCCAUUGCUGGAUGUUUAGCCAUGUUUUGUUUACUUUGCCACAAAUUUGAGACAGCAAUGCCUUAUCACUUUGUAAACAUUUUUGUCACUUUUUUGGUAGAUGUUUUGGAGCAAGGAGCCUGACUUUGACCUUCUGUUUAUUUCAUGCUUUAUUUUUGUUUCUUUUCUUUUCUCUCAUUUUACAAAAUAAAUGCAUCUCAAGUUUUGAAGUGUUUCGUUGUACACAGGCCUGAUCCCUUGGUGAGGAAAAGAUGUGUAAAAAAAAAAAUCAGUCCAAACUAACUAAAAAAAGCAAAACAUCUUCUUGCAGCAACCUGAAGGAGCAGGAAUAGAGUGGAGAGUGUAUGUGGUUCUGUUUGAGAACAUGAGCUGUUUUUUAGAUGAAAGGCAAGUGUUGAGUUGUGAGGACGGGACAGGUGCAGCUGGAAUGGUUAUGUUUGUUUUCUGCAAGCUGCGAAACUUUAAAAAAUUCACUGUAAAAUUUAUGCGUGAGCACUUCUCUUUGAGGAGUUCGUUAAUGCUGCUUGCGCAUGUUUUUUGGUUUUUUUCUCUCAUGUACGCGUGUGGCAUGUAUGUAUCUGCAAAUUUGGGUUCGUGUGUUGCAAUGAGUUAAUUCAUGUAUAUACGUAUCGGUGUGCGUGUUUCCAACAUGUAUAUAAAAUGACCUUGCGGCAUGUAUGUGACUGCGCACACUUGGGUGUGUGUGUGUUUGUGUGUGUGUGUAUGUGUGUGUGUGUGUGUGAUUGAUUCCAUUUCUUUGUGUUGUGUGAGAGGGGCAAAAAAUCCCAUAGCUAUGUACCUAAUAUCGACUAUAGCUUGCAAGACUAUCAUAAGCUAUUUUCUGUGAAGUUAAGCAGAAAAACUUGCAGUAGUCUUGCCAGUAGUGGUUGGGUUGUACAAGAUGGGAAUGGGUGGGAAGUGGGGGGAAGGGGUGACACACAGUUUUGCCCCUUUCACACAACCAUUGCUUGUGGAGUGACUGUGUGUAACUGAGUGUCUGUGUGACUCGUGAGAGGCUGAGAGGACGCCAGUGAGCGUGGGUGUGCGCAGGGUGGCAGUACAAGAGAGCUGACCAAGUGUGUCUACCUGACGAUGAUGAUGACGAUAUUAUUAUGCAUUUCUGUAUAGUGAAAUAAAAUGAAUUGUCUUGUUCUCAUGAUGUUCAUA